AUGGCGGCGCGCCGUCGCGGGCUGCCUCCGGUGCCGCAUCGACGCCUCCUUCUUCUUGCUCUGGAGGAGGAAGAAGAGGUCAGGGGCUGGCGCAGUGAGAUUCUAGAAUUGGAUCUUCCGAAUCUGCUUGGCUAUUCGGGCAAUUUUGCUCGCUACGUCCCAGUUGGUCGCCGCAGAUACGCGACGCCUCCGGCUUCGCUACUUUGGUAUCGCAUAAUGCCAUCGGACACAGAGCCGCCCGAUGCCGAAGAUGUUCUGCCCUUGACGUUAUUGUUGAAAGGGGUGGAGGGAAGGUCUGCGGGGCAGCUUGAGGAGAAUCGUCCUUUGUUUUCUGACUUCCCUGACGAUGACUCUCAGGCAGCGGUUCGCAGUAAUGCAGGGGCUCCGGAGGCCUCGGCUUUGGAAGGAAAUUUGCUUGAUCGGGCAUUUUCUUCGCCUGAUCUUUUUGAGGAAGAUGUUUGGUCCAUUGGUAAUUCUGCUGCAGAACGAGACUGGUAUAAAGUGGAUCUGUCGGAGGAUGGUGCUUUUCCGUCUUCUGGAAAUUCAGAGGUCCUCCCGGCUAACGAUGUUUGUCCGGUAUCUGCAUCUUCCGCCGCAGGUUCUUCAUCGGAUUCCUCUAGAAAUUUGGACAGGAUCCUUUCUGGGGAAGUAUUUUUACUCCUCAAGAGGCCUCUGCAGCCUGGCGUCCCGGAGGGCGUCUUGGAGCAACCAUCAAAGAACCCGCAGCGAGCGGGAAGGGUAGUCACGAGAAUUUUCGAGAUGGCCGUUGUUAACAGAGUGGUUACUUCGUGGAAGCAGCAGCGCGAAGGACAACUUUUGGAAGCUGUGGGGGCUUGGGUUGUUUUCAUUUCCAGAUGGUCUGAGGGUGUGCAGGUGAGGGAUCAGCUUUGUGAACUUUCCACUGACGAGGAAAGGAAGGCCAUGACUUACGAUGUGCUCGGUGCAAAGGCCCCGGGUACACUUCGCAAGAGGUUGAGGAGCCUCUUGAAGUAUGAAUCUUUCCUUCGUCGGAAGAAGCUGGUUUUCCCUGCAACAGAGAUAUUACUCUAUAUGUUCCUUUGUAUGGAAAGAGAUGGUGGCUCCAGCUUAUCUUCUCGCAAGGCUACGUAUGAAGCAGUUGUUUUCUGCAGAUAUGUCCUGGGCGUCGAGGAGCUGGAUCUAUGUGUUAAGAGCAGGCGUUGCCUUGGCAAUGCAUGCCGUGGCGAGGUGAAGCCUCGGAACCGGGCUUCGCCUAUGACGGUAGAUGAGCUCUCCCUUCUGCAUGACAAGCCGGAGAACGCGCAGGACCCGUGGGACCGCGUAUUCGCUGGUGCAGUUUUGCUGUGUGUCUAUUCAGUCUAUUCGCGAGCAAGGUGGACAGACUUGAUGCAUGCAGAGGGAAUUAUUUAUGAUUAUGACAAGCAGAAAAACCUUGCCUAUGUGGAGUGUCCGGUGGCUUUCCACAAGAACAUGAGGAGCCGCGUCAUGAGGCAUGAUCUUCUUCCUAUGGUUGCUCCGGGCCUCGGAGUUGCUGGCUCUAACUGGGCUCGGUUGUGGAAGCUGGCUAGGGCUGAACUCAACAUUCCAGACCCAGCGGAAUUUCCUGUCAUGCCGGCUCCGGACAAGUCUGGAGCUCCGAGUGUCAGGCCGCUCGACACUGAGGAGAUGGGUCGGUGGCUGAGGCACCUUCUGACGGGAUCGGGAUCAAAGCAAGCGGACAGGAAACUAUCAUCGCACAGCUGCAAGUGUACCAUGUUGAGCUAUGCAGCAAAGAGGGGAAUCAGCAUAGUGGACCGACAGUUGCUGGGAUACCACACGACGCCGCACCGUAUGGCCCUGACCUACUCUCGUGAUUCUGCGGCCCAUCCGUUAAUGAUUUUGGAGCGGAUGAUCAAGGAGAUCAGGGAUCGAGUCUUCCUUCCAGAUGAGACUCGCAGCGGGCGCUUGGCUGAUAAAUCAGCUGACUUGGGGCGGCCCUCGGAGGUCGUUGUGAUCAAGGAGGAGCAGGAAAUGCUCUCGCCUCUGGAAACGGCUGAUGCUGCUCCUAACCUGGCCGAGAGUGAAGAAGACCUUGACGCUGAGGCCACAGGACACGUCACUACGGAUUCGUCCUCCAGCGACUCUUGCCCAGAGGAGGCCGGAGGACCGUUUUCGAAGUUGGUAGUGAAUGUUCCGGAGGGCCACGUAGGUUUGAGCAUGUCGACCAUCAUCGAAAGCGAUGCUGCUUUCAAGCAGAGAUGUGCUGAAGCUUCGAAGGAUGCAGCUCUUCAUUCUAAGUUGGAGGCGCAAGGCAUUACGAACUUCAAGACUUUGGCUUUCGCGAUAGGGUCGCCGCAGCAGCCGCCUACGGAAGCUCAGUUUGAUGAUUUCAGUGUCAAGGUGUACGGAGUGGCCCCUACCAUGGGGCAAACCGCAGUGUUGCGGCAUUUGCACUUUGAGGCCACGACUCUCGUGGUUCAGACUUAUAGGGAUAUGGUUACCCACGAUCCUUCUGAUCCUUCGCACACCAGGAAGGUUCCUGUUCCGGAAAAGCGGGCCAGGCUGGAAUUCCAGAAGCGGCGACUUUCAGGAAUGGAGAUCUCGGGAGAGCUUGAGCCUUCGCAUCAGCUGCUGGAUAUUGCGAAUCAGCAAUACGAAUCUGGCGUGCUGACUUGGAUACCGGCGUCAAAGUGUGCAAAGCGGGAAGCUGAGGUCCUCGCGAUGGGCAAGGAUAAAGGCUCCCUGUUGCAGGUGGAACAGAACGUCAUAAAGGUGGGGCCCGGUGACCAGGCUAUCACUUGUGAUGUUUCGGAUCCUCUGCGCUUUCAGUGGGCCAUGAUGCGGAGGGGCAUAGCAUAUGACAGCUGUCAUUUGCUGUCCUGGGAAGUGCACCAGAGGUGGGUGCAAAAGAUGCUGGAUUGCUUGUCAGCAACCCCGCCGCCCAGUUAUAGCCCGGUCAGUCUGAAUCAAUGCAUGCGCGCGGAUAAAGAGCUUUUUCUGCUGUUGGCACGGGAGGCCGCACCUCCUUUCAAAGUGGAUUCGCUCGGGGUUUCGCCGCUUGAUGCUAAGUUUUUGGCAAUGAUGUAUGAUGUACGUCUUCAGCAGUUCCUUUUGCCUCUGCCCAAGCAGACUGCUCCUGUCUUGGCAGUGCCUGUGGAUGAUGGGGCGGGGGAUUCUUCCCAGCCGGUUCCGAAGGCAAAGGCGAAGACCAAGGCAAAAUAA